GCGAAGCUGCGCGCGUACCUGUGAGAGGAGAGAACAUUGACCACAGUCUUCAGCUGUUGGCUCUGUUUAGAGAGGAAAUGGAGCUUUUCAGACACCAAGAUGACAGUAACCAGCCAGUGAAGAUUUCAUUAAGAUGCUCAGUGACACUAGUGGAUUGCCAGAGACUUCUGGAGCGAAAGGGAGUUAAAAAAGAUGGUGGAUAUUUUGUCUAUUUGCUGACAGGAGAAGAAAAUUGCCAAUGUUCUUUUAAUCAAGAAAAGACAAAGGCACAGCCCUGCCCUGAUUGCGGAAAGAGAUCCAGUCAGAUUGAUACCAUGAGACUUCACCAGACAGUACAAACCGGAGACGAGCCUUAUAGCUGUUCUCAGCGUGAGAAGAGCUUCAGUGAAAAAGAGGAUUUGCAAGCACACGACAGGACCGAUACAAAGACGCUCCAUAGCUGUUCUCCAGGUGGGCAAGCAGCACACUUCCCAGCACACCGGGAGGGACUUGAAGUAUAUAGCUGCUUCAUGUGUGGCUUUGAAUGUAGAAAUUUUGAAGUGUUGGAACAGCACACAAGGAAAGUUCAUCACGUUGGUAACAUUUACAGCUGUCCAAAAUGCAAAGAGAGUUUUGAUAGCUUGGCUCUUCUAGCUGAGCAUGACGAGAUGCAGCACAAGAACAAAGCAGAGCAGUCCUCUUACAAGUGUACGCAGUGUAAGGAAAGUUACAGUGGACUGGAGGAUCUUCGAAAACAUAUGCAGCAUCACGAAAUCAGCAAGAAAAAAGUACCCAAACCGUUCAAAUGUGAUCGUUGUGAACUUGGUUUUAGAACCAUGAAAGAGCUGGAAAAACAUACUCCGACACAUGAGAAAAAGAAGUACAAGUGCACCACGUGUGGCGACAGUUUUACAACAGAAGGGCAUCGCAUCUCUCAUCUUCGGGUACAUGUUUCUGAAGUGAACUACCACAGCGAUAAGAUCUUUGGAACAGCAUCUACACCGAGAGGUUCCAAGGGCAUUUUUCCAUGUACAAUGUGCCAGAAGACCUUUAGUACUCUAGUUCAGCUCAGAAACCAUCAACGCUGUCAUUCCACCUAGACCAGGGGUGUGAAACCCAACCACUGAAAGGGCCAUGUUAAAAAAUUUCAACAAAUCCAUGGGCCAGCUGUAUUUUUUUCCCCAUUUUUACUUAACAUUUUGCUGUGACCGGAAUUGGCCAUUGUUUAUUCAAAAUAUGCUAAAACUGCACCAGCAAAAUAGGCACUGAAUACCUGAACUAUUCAAAGAUAAUUUUAAAUAAAAACAAAUUGUUUUAUAUAAAAGAAUAGGCUGCAUUAUCUACAGAUAACGGUCAAACUUCUUUAAUAUCUCCUGGAAAUUUUAAAAAUGCCUGUUUGCUUGAACUUUACACCAAACAUCUUUUAUUUUUGUGUAACCAUUGACCCAUAGAUGGGGGUCAGAGUGCACAUUAUGUUGCAGUGCAUGCUGGGAAAUGAUGAAACGGGCCAGUAUUAUUAGAAAAUUAAAAUUAAUUUCACAGGCCGAAUAGGAUUGUAACUUGGCCCGCGGGCCUUGUGUUUGACCAUGGGUGUCCAAAGUCUGACCCAGGGCCAAAUGCGGCCUGCAAGCAGAUUUUAUUUGGCCUGUGGCUUCUGUUAAAGAGUGUGUUACUAGUGGCUCACCAGCCAGUACGCUGCACUUCUUCCUUUCAUCUGAUGGUGGCAGCAGUGAUGCAAAAUGACAGCGUAACGCACCGCACUGUGGUAAUGAAGUUAACUAAAGUUUAAGAGCCUUUCUCCUCUGAUUCGGCCUGCAGAUUAACAUUGAAAACCUGAGAUUUUGGCAAUCCAACAGUAAAGGAAGCCAUGUGCAUAUGGCGGCCCUCCGUAUUUUGCCAUGGUACAGUCUGGCCCUCUUUGAAAAAGGUUUGGACACCCCUGACCUCGGGAGACAAACAAUUCUGGUUUUUGUAUAGGUAGUUGCUGAAGGCACUGAUCUAGAAGCAGUGUUCCUUCUUUCUGCUGGUCUGAGUUACCAUUUUGUGAAAUGUGAACUAAAAUACAAAGAACCAUUGUGAAUUUAAAAUUCAAGAAAUCUUCUCUUCGCUGUGGCUGUUGUCUGGGAAAGAAAAAGCUACG